AUGAUGAACAACGAUACAGUAAACAACCAUGCAGUAAACAACAAUACAGUAAACAACCAUGCAGUAAACAAUCAUGCAGUACAAAGCAAUCAUCAUCCAGUGAUAGAGAUCACCAACUGUAAGGAUGAAAUAGUGCCAUUGACAAUAACACCAGGCAAUUUUUUAAUCACCCCUGCAGAAGAUAAUGAUUAUCAAAAUGAUACUGAGAUACCAGAUAGAGAACUGAUAAUUGUAGAACAGGAAAGACGUCUGUUGUAUACCAUCAGUGAAAAUCCUCCAUUCCACAUGUGUAUAUUAUUUGGGAUUCAGCAUCUUCUUACAUCGAUUUCAAGUUCCAUGUCUAUAUCAUUACUUGUUGCCGAAGUGGUUUGUGCUAAAGAUGAUGAUGUCAUCAAGACCAAGAUACUGAGUACAACCAUGUUGAUUUCUGGCAUAUCAACUUUUCUGAUGUCAACAUUUGGUGUUAGGUUGCCAAUAUACCAGGGACCAUGUAUCCCCUAUAUAAUACCAUUGUUAGCUAUGGCAUCAUUUAAAGGCAUGGAAUGUACCAACUAUGCAAAAGAUUCCAAUUUAGAUGUUAUUAAUGGUACUGCGGGUAAUGCUACAUUAACAGAAGAUAUUAUUUAUGAUAAAAUAGGGGCCCUUUCAGGUAGUCUCAUUGCAGCAGGCAUUCUGCACUUCCUCAUUGGAUUAACAGGAUUAGUGGGUACUAUAACACGAUAUCUCGGGCCAAUUACUAUAGCACCGGCCAUGACAUUGGUUGCCAUGUCAUUCUAUACAAUAGCUGUUAGUUUUUCAGAGAAACAUUGGGGAGUAGCAGCUGUAACAACAAUAACAGGCAUAAUAUUAGCUCUAUAUUUAAAUGGUAGAAAUUCUCCGCUACCAGCCUAUAAUAAAAAGAGGGGGUUUCAUAUCAAGUGGUAUCCUGUACAUACAGUUUUCUCGAUAUUAAUAUCAAUAGCAGUGGGCUGGAUAUUGAGUGCUAUAUUAACUGUAACAGGAGCUAUGUCUGAUGAUGAAGAACAUGGUCAUCAUUAUGCCAGGACAGAUAGCAGGAAUGAAAUAAUAUAUAACAGUCCUUGGUUUUAUUUGCCAUAUCCAGGUCAAUUUGGUGGAGUAAGUUUCAGUGUAGCAGCUUUCAUAAGUUUCUUUGUGGGUACAUUGAUGUCUGUGGUGGACUCUAUUGGUGAUUAUAAUGCUACCUCACGUGUUUGUUGUGUUCCUCCACCACCACCCCAUGCUGUAAAUCGUGGUAUAUUUGUGGAAGGUGUCAUGAGUUUAUUUGCUGGUACUACUGGUGCUUGUCAUGCCACAGUGUCAUUUGGUGGAAACAUUGGAGCUAUUGGCGUUACCAAGGUAGCCAGUCGAAGAACAUUUCAAGUGCUGGCUUUACUUUAUGUAAUAUUUGCUCUUGUAUUAAAAGUCAGUGCUUUCUUUAUAACAAUCCCAUAUCCAGUACUUGGUGGGACAUUGAUACUGAGUUUUGGGAUUUUUAUUGGACUUAUCUUAUCAAAUUUACAAUUUGUUGAUUUAAACUCCACACGAAAUUUAGCCAUUGUUGGUUUAGCUAUAUUGUUAGGACUUAUGUUGCCAUAUUGGUCAGCACAGAAUCAAAAUGGAAUCCAGACCGGUAAUGCCUAUGUGGACAACGUUAUAUUAAUGUUGAUUUCUAACGGAGGUUUUAUUGGUGGCUUUGUGGCAUUUGUUCUGGAUAAUACUGUUCCUGGUACAUUAAAAGAAAGAGGUUUACUGGUAGCAAAAGAACAUGAAUUAGAUGCAACUAUUUUUGAAGAAGGUUUUGAAGUUUAUGAAUUACCAUGGAUUCCAAAUUGCAUAAAAAAUUCUAGAAUCUAUAAAUAUGUUCCAAUUUUUUCAAAAAGAAAAGAAGGAUGA